GUCUCUGGAAGCACGCGUAGGUAACAAACAAACCAUCCGGUGCAGCAAGGGAGCGAUUGACAACGGAAAUGCGAGAUUCUCUUGUACGAGCGAAGGAAGCUUCCAAACGCUGCGUUCGAACGCUCCUUGGCGCAAUGCGAAAGCGAGCGUCGUCGGAGAUCGUAGGCCGAAGCGGAAUAUCGGCAACAGUUAUGGAACGAGCGGUGAUGUUGCUGUUCAUGUUCAACGUCGGGCUUUGGCAAGCCACGUCGACUUUUGUCCCACGGUACAACCACGGCCGUCGCGUCCCCGUUGUGUGCUACGUGGACAAAUACGCAUUUACCCACCCAGCGCCGUAUGACUACCAUAUGGGUUACGUGGCGACGGAGCUCUGUAGCCACAUAAUUUAUUCCUUCGCUGACAUCGAAGAGGACACUUGGAAAGUGAGCGACACCGACGAAACUCUCAUCGACUUCAAAAUUCUCAAGGACGAGCUGCCUCGGCUCAAAGUAAUGCUUUCCAUUGGAGGGUGGAGCAGCCAAUCGAACUUGAUCGCAAGAAUCGCAUCAAAUAGCGAAGCUCGAAGAAAAUUCGUAGACAAUGUCUUGGACAAGCUGCAACAAUUUGGCUUCGAUGGCAUCGACAUAUUUUGGCAGUUCCCAGGGUUCAAGGAAAGGGGUGGCGGCCCAGAAGACAAGCAAAACUUCGUCCAUCUGGUCAAGGACUUCAGACAAGCCAUGGAACAGAAGAACAGGACCCAUUUACUUCUUACUGCGGCAGUUCCCCUUAGUCCCUUCAUCUUGGACAAUGGGUAUGACAUAUACCAGCUGAUCGGGUACCUGGACUGGAUGAACGCUAUUUCAUAUGAACUGAGAUGGAAGUGGCUGGGUCAAACGGACGUGCACAGCCCAAUCUUUCCUCGAAGUAUAGAUCCGCAAGAACUUCAAGAAUUAAACGUUAAAUACGGCAUGAGAGACCUGUUUGACCGCGGUGCCUUGAAGAGGAAAGUCAUGUUGGGAAUAGCAUUCUACGGGCGCGUCUACAAGCUCCUGUACACAAACGACACGGGUCUACAUGCACCUAUAGACACGAAAAACGAACCGCGUCCAGGACCUGCUGUUAAUAGCACCGAGAUCUACUCGUACGCCGAGAUAUGCAGGUUAAUCGAAAAAGAAGGCUGGACGAGGAAGUUUGACUCUGAAGGAAAGUGCCCAUACGCUUAUUUUGGAGAUGAAUGGGUUGGCUAUGAGGACAAGGAGAGCAUACAGUACAAGAUGGAUCUGAUGCGAGACGAAGGCUAUGCUGGUGUAAUGGUGAUGAGUAUCAACAUGGAUGACUUCAGAGGUGACUGCGGGGAACGAAACGUUCUCCUUGAGACAAUUAACAACAAUUUGCCGCGCGAAAGAGCUCCAAUCUAUCCGUUGGAAAAUAUGGACAUUGAUUAAUAAACUUAAAGGGAAUGUGAAACGAUUCCUUUUCUCGUUUUA